AUGGCAAGAACUGCUGGGUGCCCUACGCUUCAUGAUGAUGAAGAACAACAUCACCACCAUCAUCAUAUCCAUCAACAUCCUACGCCAACAACAUCAACAAGUUCAGCUGAAGAUGUUCUAUACCAACCCACGCCACAAAUCCAAGUGAAGCCAACAUCUUUUAAUGAUGAUGAUCAACAGCAUAAUGAUAUACCACCGAGUCAAUAUGAUGUAACCAAGCGACGAGGAUCACAAAGUGUACCACCGCCAGCACUAAAGUCGUCAACAAGUUGUCUUUCACCUCCAAGUGUACCGCGUCGUCCUCACUCGGUGAGGUUUUCACCUGAACCUCCCGAGGUAUUUCAUUAUCCUGCAGCACCUCAUGAAAAGACGCCCAAAGCCAAACUCUUUUUGCCAUGGGAAGGAGAUGCAUGA